AUGACGGACACUAAGACGAAAGGAUCCAUCUCUCUUAAAGGAUCUGCUCAGCUUGUACAAGAGUUUUUCCAUUAUGGUAUAAAUAAUAUUCUCUACCAAAGAGGAAUUUAUCCUGGUGAUAGUUUCAAACGCGAAAAAAAGUAUGGUCUUACCUUAUUAGUCACCAAUGACUCCAAGUUGCAUACGUUCUUAGAGCCACUGUUGAAACAAAUAGAAUAUUGGCUCUCGAAAAAGCAAUUGAAACGUCUUGUUUUGGUGAUUUCUGAAAUUAAAACGAAAGAAGUUGUUGAAAGAUGGGAGUUCAAUAUCGAAACGGAGGAUCUCAACGAGGAUGGCGAAAACUCUACGCGACAGAAGGAUGAAAAGAAAAUUCGUCAAGAAAUGGCGGAUGUAAUCAGACAAAUAACUGCGUCUGUCACAUUCUUACCUCUUCUGGAAGAACAAUGCUCAUUUGAUGUUUUAAUCUACACAGGAAAGACUACUGAGGCUCCUGAAGAUUGGACAGAAAGUGGAGCAUGUCUAAUCAAGAAUAGUGAACAAGUGCAAUUGAGAUCUUUCUCAACUUCUGUACAUAGUGUAAAUACAAACGUCCAGUACAAGGUUGAUUAUUAA